AUGGUCGUCGAAGCGCCUGAUUGCAUCUCGUAUCUGCCAGAUGAGUGCUUGUCUGUCAUUUUCCAAUCGCUGAGCUACGCUGACAAGAAGAGGUACUCACUGGUCUGCCGCCGGUGGCUCAUGAUCGAAAGUCAUAGCCGCCAUCGCCUCUCGCUCAAUGCGUAUGCCGAUCUCCUCCCACCGGUGCCAAUGUUGUUCACUCGCUUCAAUUCUGUCAACAAACUCGCCCUGAAAUGGUAG